UGACAGUGAAGGUAACGAGGUGGCGCAUUAAGAGAUAGAUGAAUACCUAAUGUAUUUAGGAAGUUGUUAGUUCUAACAUCAUUUUGAAAUCUCCGCCCCCAACCUGGCAAAGCCAAAAAGCGAUAGUGGCACGAUCCUAAGAAGUUGUGUAAUCUUGAUCUAUGUUGGGGCCAUCAUAAGGGAAGAAUGUCACAACGGCACGUAUUAAUUUCUCUAAACUAGUCUGCGAUCAGAAAAUCCGGGGGUGGAGUAGAAGUGGAUGAGUAGAAUCCAAAAAGAGUAUAAGCAAUGGCUGAAUGAGGAGUAUCGGAUAAAUGCCGAAUCGAGACCCCAAGGCGUGCCAUAGCCACCUAUCUGUUUGCUUGAAUAUAUUGGUGCUAGCAUAAUAAAGGCGAGCCUUCCCCGACGAAUUUUAAACCUUGAGCUUUAAGCAGGUAUGGUUAUUUACAUGCUCUUUAACCUAAACUGCUAUAUAGAUUUGUGCCAUUCAUAGACCUUUGCCAGGUUAUCUUGUCCUCUCCGAAGUAAAGACGUAUUGCUUCCUAUCACGAUGUUGUUCGACCACUUCCUAGCUGGGCUAGGGACCGGAGGCGGAAGGACAUUGUUUGGUCAAAUUUCGGCGUGGCAUCUAGUUACAUCAACUUUAGUGAUUGGUAUCGUUACCCUGAUAAUUGAUUAUGGUUAUAUGCUUUGGAUGCGAUCAAAGUUGCCUCCUGGUCCCUUCCCUUGGCCAGUUGUAGGUAAUACUUUCAUGCUCCCGGAUAACAAGCCUUGGAUAUGGUUCGAGGAACUAUCUAAGAAUUACGAUGCGCCACUCGUCACAAUAUGGAUCGGACGAAAUCCAACAAUCUGGAUUAAUGAUGCAUGGACGGCGUCGGAGCUCUUCGAGAAGCGUGCAGGCAUCUACUCAUCGCGGCCACGGAUGUUGGUUUUUGCUGAGCUAGGUGCCGGCCAAGAUAAUCUAGUCAAUAUGUAUACGACUCGUCCUGAACAGCGUGAUCGUUGGCGUGUCCACCGUAAGCUCAUACAUCAAGGCGUUGGUAUACAAUCCGUCCGCAGAUAUCGCCAAUUCCAGAAUAAUGAGAGCCGUGUCGUCGCUUAUGACUUACUCAAAGCUCCCAAUGAUUAUGUAAAGCACUUUGAACGGUACGCCACAAGCGUUGUCUCCAUUGUCGCCUUUGGAAGACGUGUCGAAAGCUGGAAUGACCCCAUCAUCACCGAAGUCAUCGCCGUUAUGCAUCUAGCUGCUGACUUAAACGUCCCCGGCAAAAAGUUCCCUAUGCUCAUGGAGACGUUUCCUUUCCUUGCAAAAGUUCCCAGCGAGAUUGCGCCAUGGAAGUAUGGGUUAGGCAAGAGACGUGGAACUCACUUUUUCCACGCGUUAGCAGACGAAGCAGUUAAGAAGAAGGGACACGAGGACUCUUUCGUCCACUACCUGUUCUCUGAAGGCCCGAAAUAUAACCUCAGAGAAGCUGAGAUCUCUUCCCUAACUGGAAAUCUAUUUGGUGCCGGAUCCGAUACUAGCAGCAGCACUCUAAUCACGUUUAUACUCGCUUGUUGUGCAUUCCCCGAGACCUUGGGCCCAGCGUGGGAAGAACUUGAUCGCGUAGUCGGCCGUCAUAGAAGCCCGGCCUGGGAAGAUGAAGACAAGCUCCCUUACAUCAAGGCGUUCGUCAAGGAAGUAUUCCGAUGGCGCUCGGUUGCCAUUAUUGGAGGACAACCUCAUGCGCCUACGCAAGACGACUACUAUAAAGGUUGGCUGAUUCCUAAGGGCACUUGGAUUCAGGGCAACGUCUGGGCGAUCCACCACAAUGAGCGCGAAUUUCCUGAGCCGGAUCGUUUCAAUCCAAACCGUUUCCUUCCUGGACAUCCAGAUAGUCGACCAUUCCCAGGAGAAAGGGGAUACAUGACAUUUGGAUGGGGUCGCAGGGUUUGCUCGGGGCAAGCACUAGCUGAGCAGGGUACUUGGAUCACCGUCGCGAGGAUAUUAUGGGGUUUCAAUAUCCAGAAAAAGAAGCGCUCAGAUGGCACGACAGUUGAUGUAGACAUCUUUAAUUACACGAACGGUCUCAAUAUGCGACCGCAGCCGUUCGAGUGCAGCAUUGUUCCACGCAGUGAAGAGAUUCGGCAAACGAUAGAGCGUGAGGGUAAGCGGGCACUUGAAGAGCUUGAACAGUAUCGCGGAGAAACCAAGUAUCGCAUGUCAACUUUCUACGCGAGAAACGAAAUCGUGAUGAAGCUUUAUGGAGGGGAUGAGAAGGAAUCCUCGUAGGGUAUUAUUGUAUUUGACGAUGCGGGGGUGAUCGCACAGGCACGUUUUAGAACGUAGAUCCUCUAAAACAAGCUACAUGGAAUAAAAGUGUAACACAGCAAUAACGAGAAGAAAAGGAAGGUAACACAAGUAAAAAGCUCGCAGGGAACGCGUACCUAAAUAAGGGAGAAUGUAUUGUACAAUGCCGAAAGAUUCGCUCAAGUCACCUGAUUUACCUCAUCAAAUUCGCAAAUUCGGUACCCAACCAAAGACAUGGAAAUGUU